CUUCAGUUGCGCCUCCAUCACAAACCAGUUUAGAAAAAUCCCUGUUGAGGAGUGAGGAAGCUCUGGUGCAUGUCAUUUACUGAGUAGCAAAAUAAAGAUUCCUCGCUGCGCACUUUGGAAGACAGUUUUGAGUUCACGCUGCAUCCUUCAGUUCGGCAACACAUCAUUUUGCUCAACGAGCUUCCAAGCGCCAUUAAAAGGUUUGCUUUUCGGUGUUUGGAUUGGACUUGUUUUGGUGUGCGAGAUGAUGGCCACUUACCAAAACCCGGAGGAUGACGCAAUGGCCUUAAUGAUCCACGACACAAACACGACCAAGGAGAAAGAGCGACCUAAAGAGGAACCGGUCCCAGACAAAGUCCCGGAGAAGCCAGAUCCGUCCCAGAAACCACCGUACUCCUAUGUCGCUCUCAUUGCCAUGGCCAUUCGGGAGAGCUCAGAGAAGCGCCUCACUCUGUCCGGUAUUUACCAGUACAUAAUCAGUAAGUUUCCUUUCUACGAGAAAAAUAAAAAAGGUUGGCAGAACAGUAUCAGACACAACUUGAGUCUCAACGAAUGCUUCAUUAAAGUUCCACGGGAGGGCGGCGGGGAGAGAAAAGGGAAUUACUGGACACUCGACCCAGCCUGUGAGGACAUGUUUGAGAAGGGGAACUACAGGAGACGCCGAAGGAUGAAGCGGCCAUUCAGACCUCCACCGACGCACUUCCAGCCAGGGAAGUCCUUGUUCGGAGGAGAUGGCUACGGUUACCUCUCCCCACCCAAGUACCUGCAGUCUAGCUUCAUGAACAACUCCUGGUCGUUAGGCCAGCCGCCUACUCCGAUGUCCUACACGUCCUGUCAGAUGGCCAGCGGCAACGUCAGUCCAGUGAACGUGAAGGGACUGUCAGCGGCCUCAUCCUAUAACCCCUACUCCCGGGUGCAGAGCAUGGCGCUGCCCAGUAUGGUGAACUCUUACAACGGCAUGAGCCACCACCACCAUCCCGCGCAUCCCCACCAUGCCCAGCAGCUGAGCCCGGCCACCGCGGCACCACCUCCGGUUUCCUCCAGUAACGGAGCGGGCCUUCAGUUCGCUUGCUCCCGCCAGCCCGCGGAGCUCUCGAUGAUGCACUGCUCUUACUGGGAACACGAGACCAAACACUCGGCGUUACACACGAGGAUUGAUAUUUAAGUUUAAGACCAAGCGGUCUGUGUACAAUGAGGACUAGGAGUGAAAGUUAAUUCCUGUGAUUUCAAAACAGAGCCAAGAGUAUUUUUGAAGAGACCUUUCUGACGACCUGUUUGGGUCCAGCUGACAUCCAGAAAUGCCGAUGAGGAGGUAUGCACCGGGCUGAUGUGGAGAAAGUUUUUCAAAACGGAAUCGGGAGGUAAAGAAGUCAGCAGAACACGUCAGGUAGCACAACCUCUGGGAGCCAUUUCGUGCGCCUGUAUUACAUUUGGACUGAUGGCCAUAACUUGGUAUAGUAGUCAUAACUGUGCCCAUGAAACACUUCAGUUUUGUGAGGAUAGACAUUGCUGACAACGCUUCAGCUUUGUGUUUUUGGCAUGCGUAAUGAUCUCUCUCAACUUUACGCACGUUUUAUCCUAGCUAUUGCCAAAUGAAACGUUGACAUCGAUGCCUUAAUUAAGUUACAGCUUUAAUAUGUGAUUAAAUCAGAGGUCAGUUUUGCCCUUAUAGUAACUUGCGCUGAGCAAGGCCUGCAUGGUGAAACCUCGCCUCGUAUCAUGGUUGUGAACUUUGUUGGGUUAAAAGUGAAAGUGUAUGUUGAGACUGCCAAAACUACAAUUCAGGGUUUUCAUAUUUCUUGAUCCCAUAUGUAUGUAUGAUAUACUUUUCAAUAUGACGCCAGCCAGUGCCAGGUUUUGUUAAUCUUUCUGUUUAUUAUUAUUUUUAUUUUUUUAUAAACGUGAUUAGCUAUAUUGUCUCAUUCAUCUUGGGGCCAUGUUUCAUUUUAAUUAGCACUUUUCCCUCUUUUCUAGGUUUGUGAAUUUCUUAAUAAACUUGUAUUUCUUAAA